AUGAGGAAACGGCUGCUGUAUGCACACAUGAACACACAGGUGUGCGGCAAGUCGUUCAACUCGCGGGACAACCGCAACACGCACCGCUUCGUGCACAGCGACAAGAAGCCGUACGAGUGUCUGGUCUGCGGAGCUGGCUACAUGAGGAAACGGCUGCUGUAUGCACACAUGAACACACAGGGCCACCUCGCGGAGUCUAUAGUGGUGAAUCAGCCGCGCGUCACCAUACAGCGGGUCUCGGACGGCGCGCCGGGAGACAACGUUUACGAGUCGACGGAAGAAUUAGAAUUGGAAAGUGAAGAAACGGCGGAAGCUAGUGGAAGCCACAACGCGGUGUACAUAGGCGAUAAGAAAUACAAAUACGUCCUCCAGGAAGGGAAGACUUCGCUCAACCUGGUGCGGGAUACUGACGACAUUCUUACUUAUAAUUUGGAGGGAGCUCUGAAGUCUGAAUCGAAUUUCCUCGAGGCUGUUACAGCUGAGCAAUUGGGAGACGAAUCACCGGUAAAUAUAAUAAUUAUGUUCUCUAACAACUUGUCACUGGCGGACGCAGGCGGCUGCGUGCGAGUGGUACAAGUCACUCUCCCCGACGGCAACAGCGGGUGGGUCGCCGUCAACCCGUGA